UUAUUUUAUUUUAUUUAAUUCAACUCUUCAAAUGUCGCAGCUGCUGUUUUUGAAUCCCCGCACACGCAGCCUGCUUCUGCUGACCACGCCCAAAUCCCUCACCAACCUCGCCCUACGUCCAGCUCGAUGGCAACAGCAGCAUCAGCAUCAGCACAAAACUCACCAGCAUUUCCACUCUCCGGCAACUCCCAAACCGAGCAUCCAAAAGCAAAUAGACACACUCAUCGACCAAGCCACUAAGCUAAGCACCGAAACCUGGACCACAUCGGCACAGGAGCAGCAAGGAACCCAAAUAAUGACCCAAUGCUGCCAAUGGGUAGCCAGCGGCACAGUCUCUGAAACCCAAGAUAUCCGCCGUAUCUGUCAUAUCGCCGACCACCUUGCCCAUCAUAUUCUACAGCGCAACAAAACUAGCUUUAACCCUGCCUUGUUUGUCAAAUAUCUCGAGCUCUAUGCUACUUUGGGCCGACCCGAUAUCACUCAACGCGCCUUUUCGAGGAUUUCCACGCAGUGGAGGCGGCCCUCCAUGCACGCAUAUGCUGCACAGCAGCUGGCCCUGUUGCGGUUCAACGGUGACAGGGUUGCUAAGAACACACCCCUGCUCAGGGCCACUUUGGAUGUAGAAGAUCCCGCGGAUGUUAUUUUGCGCCGAUUGGAUUUCCACACAGUCACAGGGAUUGUCGAGGACGCCGUGCGCAGGGAGAGACGCACACGGCGGUUGAUCAAGGUGCUCGAGUACGGGUCAUAUACAGCAAUGGGUGUUCUGGUAGCCAAGUGGGCGUGGAUCGGCAACAGUGUUGUUUUGGCCGGCCUUCCUUUAGUGCCUAAGAUCCUGGCUUCCGCCGCGGCAUUGCUGGCGGCCGCCGCGUGUGUACGCCUGGUGCUUCGGCAUUCCAUAAUGGGUUCCUUAACUACCCCGUUGCUCUCCAGUAUGUCUGAUUCGCCCGGAAAACCCGUGGACGAUAUUAAUGCUGAGCCACUUUCGGAGGAAAUCGACUCCGAGGCCCGCCGCAUCCUGCGCCGUGCAUUCCCCGCUUCGCCUUCGGAUGAGGCCAUGAUGGAGAUCAACGAGGUUAUCUCGGCAGCUUCCUCCUCUUCUGCUCACAAAUCACAAAGACUACGGCUUUCUUGGAAACUCCGCCUGGCCCUGUCAUGGAGCAAGUUUGCCCGGCGCUACGCUGUCGUCGAACCCUCAUUGAUCAGCCAACACGACCUGCGCCAGCGACUAGUGGUCCAGUGGCUGCGCAAUAUCACUCAUAUAUUUGCGCAUAAAAACAGCCACUCGACAAUUUCACCAGGCACCGUGCGAGUGGCCUCGGAGUCUGUGAUUGAGUUUGCAGACUUUGUAAAGACGCAUUUCGCUACCAUUCCGCUGGCGCUCACACAGGACGAUAUCAUAGUAAUGUCCAGAUUUAUCGCGGACGAGGCUAAUCCCAAGGCCAUUUGUACGUUCCUUGAUUUGGCAGCUGCGGGCAACCUGGUCCUGGUGCGCGGCACUAGUUUUGGUUCUGGUAGGGAAACCCUGUUUACAACGGUGACGGGGGCAGAAUCUGAGGGCACUACAGCGACGCUACCCGAAGCCGAGCUGCACAAACGCCAGGCCAGUGCCACCAUUCUGACUUUUGGCGCAUGCAUCGGCCACCUACUGCGCCUUCCAUCGGAACGCACUAUGGCCAAUGAGAGCAUCCUUGGUGCGCUUAACAAGCUCAUAGAUAUCCAAGACAUGCCCAUAUCCGCAUCACUCUGUCGCUCGGCAUUCGCUGCCGCAACAACCCCCCUGUUUGGCGCGUCGCUGAAAAGUCGUCUAGAAAAGUCACAAAAUCUCAUCGACUGGCUCGAGGAACGGCACCGCCGCGACGACCCGUAUUUGAUACAUAUCCUUGGUAUCAAGGGUGACAGAUCACUGGCGAAAGUUGGUUGGGCACCUCGUAGCGGGUUGACCAAUGAAUCCACAUUGCCUAUUGUAUCCUGUGUUACCCAGUAUAUCGCCUUGUUGACACGUAUGGAGUCAGCAAGCGGGGUACAUGCUUUUGUUAGCAGGUGGUAUUGGGCCGGUAUCCUCAGCCCAACUGCCUCAGUGCAAUGUCUGGCUGCUGCGAUUCACGAUAUUGUGUCAUCCCACGGAACCAAAUCACUGUAUCUGGAUAAUACAAUGCUGGACGCUGCUGAAUCAUGGGCAUCCUUGGGCUGCAGUAUCGCUGCAGCUACCAUCACCACCCCUGCAGCUACCACCACCACCCCCGCCUCUGCCAACAGCCGACAGCCGUCGUCGGUAUCGGAAGACGAACUGGCCUCGCCACUGUACAUUUUGCUGACAGAAACACUCAAUCUCUGUCAAUUAUUGACACUCGAAAAUCCCAAAAGCUGUAACUCCGGACUCCGCAUAUUCACUGCAUGGCGUACUUCCACUGAUCGCUCGCCGCACCUGCUGAAUCACGCAACACUCGAGUUCAACAUGACUGCGUUAAGGUUUCUGGUAUCGCAGGCACAGAAUGACUCGGAAAAUAGCGCUAUGUAUGUUCGUUUGGCUGCGAGUGUUUUGGACUUGAUGCGCACUUUAAAGCAGACACCGGUAUUGUCAGUUGUGGAUGAUUUGCGUGCGGUGGAUAGUACUGGUGGUGGUUUGUCGGGUGUUGAUGUUUCGGAACAUAUUCGUUUUUGGACAGAGGCCACAAAGAAAAAGGAGUCAAAUAACAACAGCAAUAAGAUGUCAUCCUUUGCAAAGUCGUUGUUGUGAUUUUUUUUAAAUAUUUUUUUAAUAUUUGAAC